CCAUGGACGCCGAGGGAUGUAAGUCCUACGAUUUUUGGGCGAGCACGACGUCGACGACGAUGCGACUCGCUGGACUUUGGAUUCUCUAUCGCGUGGCUCUCGCGCUGUACAAUAUAUCUCCAUUCCACCCGCUCUCCCGAUUUCCCGGCCCCAAGCUGGCGGCCAUGACGUUCCUUUACGAGUUCUGGUAUGAAGGGAUCCGCUGGGGAAAGUAUACCUGGGAGAUUCAACGAAUGCAUGAGAAAUACGGUCCAGUCGUGCGAAUCAACCCCGAAGAGCUUCAUUGCGACGACGGGGAUUUUAUCGACGAGAUAUACGCCGGUGGAGGGCGCAUUCGCGACAAGCAUCAGCAUUUCUUGACCACCACUGCCGGUGCGCUUUCGUAUUCGAGUUUUGGCAGCAGACACCACGAAAUCCACCGUACCCGGCGCAAUGCAGCGAAUAAGUCCUUUUCGCGCACUCAGAUGAAGAAGCUGGAGCCUGAAAUCCACGAACUGUGUCAGCAAUUCGUCGAAAAGCUUUUGAGCUGGAGGGAGCCUCUCAAUCUUACCAUGGCGUAUGGCUGUUUCACUGCCGAUGCUAUUACGAAAUACUGUUUUGGUGAAACUGCCGGAUUCGUAUCUCAAGAUGGCUGGAAAAAGAACCAUAGGGCGGCAGUGGAGGGCUUUACUCAAUCAAUGUACAUCCUAAGAUACGCACCAUGGACCAGGCAGAUGGUCUACGUUGCUCCAUACAUCCAAGACUACCUACCUGAGCACAUGGGCAAUCUCUUUAAAGAACUAACCGUCAAGAUGCCCCGCUAUGUCCGCGAGGCUACCCAAGGCGAAACACAGGGGCGUGUGUUCUCUCAUCUGAUUGAGUCCGACAUGCCCGACUCCGAAAAAACGAUUUUUCGUUUGUCCGGAGAAGGCUUCUCGUUCAUAACUGCGGGCAUGGAGACGACCGCGGCCAUCAUCGCUUUCAUUACAUACCAUCUCCUUACAAAGUCAGAAGUUCGAGAGCGACUAGAGGAGGACUUGAUGGACGUGGAUCCCUUCCACCUCGAUUGGCAGAAUCUCGAGGGGCACCUAUAUCUCUACGGGGUGAUCCAAGAGGGUCUGCGCAUGGGGUACGGUAUAUCUCAGCGGUUACCGCGCAUUGCCCGAACCGAAGAUCUUAUUUAUAAAUCGGAGGACGGAAAAUACCAAUACGUUAUACCCAAAGGAACUCCGAUCGGAGAGAGCGCACGAAUCGUGCACCAUAACCCUAAAUAUUUUCCCGAUCCGUUCAAGUUCAAACCUGAACGCUGGAUCACGGAAGACGGAAAGAGGAAUUUGCAUCUGGAAAAGUAUAUUCUGAGCUUUUCCACUGGAAGUCGUCGAUGCUUGGGAAUCAAUCUUGCAUUUUGCGAGUUGAACCUCAUGGUGGCAGCACUCACUCUACGCGUUUUUCCCAAGAUGAGAUUAUACGAGACCACUGCCGACGAUGUCAGAUAUGACCACGAUCUUAUGAUUCCAAUGCCUCGGAAAGGCUCCAAAGGCAUCCGAGCUGUCGUUCUCCCGUGAAUGACCCAAUGUGUCUAGCUGACGACGGUCGACUGUGUAUGGUGAUUGGGAGAUGUGAAUUCAGGCGGUCAUGGCUUUCUUGAUAGUUAAUAUUUGCAGAGCAAUCUGCAGAAUAGCCCGUACUAUCCGAAAAUUCAUGCAUGACUGCCUCGAUUGCUCGCGUGUCGGGAAGUGACUUCGGUGCCAAAACAGCUAACUGGGUUUUUCGGUCUCGAUUGCUCGUUUGGAGCCGAAAACAAGCUUGAUUAAUGUCCAAGUGGGAAUGAUGUGCUGAAUGUACCAACGCCAGUUUUUGAAUUUUUGGUUAUCGCCUGUUUGCUGGUUCCUCUAUCGCCGUGAAUAUCGCUGUGUGUAGGAUCACCCAAACUCCAACUCGGAAUUAAUAAUAUUAACGCCAGACGAAGCAGAUUGGACAUGCCUCAUGCCCCAUGAUUGAGGGAUCAUUGGGUCAUCGCAUUUACAAACAUUAUUAUCGAAGAGGUGACGUCGCGGGCCUAAAUCGAUAAUCAACCCACUUGUGUACACUGCCGAAGGAGUAUACGCACAUAGCCG